GCACAAGGUACUUCCGAGGAGGCGAUGCUCCAACAGGCACUUGCUCUAUCCAUGCAAACAGAGGGUGUGGCUUCAGCUAGCUUUGAGCCAUCCAUUGAUUUGGGUGCAAUGACCGAAGAAGAACAAAUAAAUUACGUUCUUCGAAUGUCUAUGCAGCCAGAAUCGAAUGUAAAGAAGGAUGAUGAAACUAAGAAACAAGAUAUUAUGGAAACUGUAAGAUAUUUGACUGGAUUUUAG